AUGUCAACACGGCCAACGCGGCGGGCCACUCGGCGCACCGCCGUCAUCGAAUCCUCGGACGAGGACAUGCCCGACGCGCCCCAAGAUACCGAGGACAGCGGAGAUGACUUCACACCUGCACCGGCAGUGACACCCCGACGUGCAGCCGGCAGGAAGAGGACCGCCGCAGAAACACCAACGCCAGCUCCACCAGCAGUGCCAGCACCAGCCCCUAAGCGUCGAGGUCGGCCUCCUAAGAAGAGCAGCGCUCCGGCACCCUCGGCACCCUCCAUCGAAUCAAGCGAAGUUCUCGACCCCGAUCAGACAGUAGCUUCAACAUCCACAGCCACAACCACAGCGCCGGACGAAGACGAGGAGGAUGUCGCACCCAAAAGGCCCGCCCCCGCCCAAACCCCGAUUGGGCGGAGGAGUCUUGCCCCCCGUGCGAGCAAGUCGGCUACCCCAGAGCUGCAACCUCCCAAGCGCUCGCCAAAAAUGUCGGUGUCACCGGCCAACCUCCAUAAUGUCCCGUUGGCCGAUAUCACGACCACCGCCGCCAACGAACAGCGCCGCCAAGAAGACGAGACGAUGCUGGCAGCUGCCAAGCCCAUCAAAGCCAUGGACACAGUCCUCGAGAAGCCCAUGGACAUCAUCCUCAAGUCGCGCACUAUGGCUAUCCCGACCGUCGAGGAAACUGGGCCGAAGGCGCGCACCGUCAUUACCAAGCUCGUCCUUACAAACUUCAAGAGCUACGCCGGGACACAGGAAGUGGGACCUUUCCACGCCUCUUUUUCAUCCGUCGUCGGGCCGAACGGUUCUGGCAAAUCCAAUGUCAUCGACUCCUUGCUCUUCGUCUUUGGUUUCCGAGCCAGCAAGAUGAGACAGGGUAAAAUCUCCGCCUUGAUUCACAACUCGGCCCAAUAUCCAAACUUGACCCACUGCGAGGUUGCCGUGCACUUUUGCGAGGUUAUGGACCAACCUGGUGGAGGGUCCGAGGUCAUCCCCGGAUCCGACAUGAAGAUCUCGCGCAAGGCAUUCAAGAACAACUCGAGCCAAUACUACAUUGACGACAAGAACUCCAACUUCACAACUGUGACGACAUUACUCCGCGACCGUGGUGUGGAUCUAGACCACAAGCGCUUCUUGAUUCUCCAGGGUGAGGUUGAGUCCAUCGCCCAGAUGAAGGCCAAGGCGGGCAACGAGCAUGAGGAUGGCUUGCUCGAAUAUCUGGAGGACAUCAUUGGCACAUCCAAGUACAAGACGCCGAUUGAGGAGGCCGCCGCCGAGGUCGAAACCCUCAACGAAAUCUGUGUAGAAAAGAGCGGCCGUGUCCAGCAUGUGGAGAAGGAAAAGAACGGGCUUGAGGACAAGAAGGAAAAGGCCCUGGCAUACAUUCGUGACGAAAACGAGCUUGUUAUGAAGCAAUCUGCGCUGUACCAGCUCUACGUCGGCGAAUGUGAUGACAAUAUCGCCGUCACGGAGGAAGCGAUUGGCCAGAUGCAGGCCGAGCUUGAUGCGGAACUCGAGAAACAUCACGGCAGCGAGCAGAUUAUCAAGCAACUGGAGAAGGGCUACUCGAGAGGUAGUAAGGAAUAUGAUGCUCAGGAUAAGGAAGCCCAAGCCUUGAUCAAGGAGAUGACCAAGUUUGAUCAAGAACGCGUCAAGUUCGACGAGAAGCGAAAGUUCCUUGCGGAUAAGCGGAAGAAGCUAGAGAAAACCAUCGCCAACGCCGAAGGUUCCACCUUUGAAGCCGAGCAGACCAUCGAGCAGUGCGCAAAUGAUAUCGAGACUUGGGCUGAAGAGAUCGUCGCGCUCGAGCAGCGGGUUAAGGAGGAGGAGGCCGAACUCGCGGUCAUCCGCGACAGCCUGAAGGGUAAAACCCAGCAUCUCUCUGAUCAAAUUGCUGCAAAGCAAAAAUCACUAGAGCCUUGGAAGGACAAGAUCAACCAGAAGCAAUCCGCCAUCGCCGUGGCCGAGAGCGAGAUGGCCAUUCUUCGAGAGAAGGCCAGCGCCGGCGCCGUCGCGCUCGAGGAGAUGCAAGCCAAGAUUGCGGCCAUUGAAGAGAGCCAGGAAGCCAAGGCGGAGGAACUCAAGCAAUGCCAGGCUGAAAAGGCGGCCCUCCAAAAGGAGGGCAGGAGAGCCGUCACGGAGUUGGAGAAGCUCACCCAGGAAGAACCCAAACUACGCGCGCAGCUUUCGAACGCCCGGCAAAAGGCCGACGAGGCCCGGUCGAGCCUUUCCGCCACCCAGACACAGGGAAAUGUUCUCACUGCGCUGAUGCGUAUGAAGGAGUCCGGCCGUAUCGACGGCUUCCACGGCCGUCUUGGGAACCUCGGCGCCAUCGAUCAGAUGUAUGAUGUCGCCAUUUCGACAGCCUGUGGCGCGCUCGACAACUUCGUCACCGACACCGUUGAGGCGGGUCAGCAGUGCAUCGAGUACUUGAGGAAGACCAAUCUUGGCCGCGGUAACUUUAUCUGCCUCGACAAGCUGAGGUCCCGCGACCUGUCUCAAAUCCAAACACCCGAAAAUGCGCCACGUCUGUUUGAUCUCGUCAAGCCCAAGGAUGACAAGUUCCGGCCAGCAUUCUACCACGCGCUGCAAGACACUCUUGUAGCUAAGGAUCUGGCCCAGGCAAACCGCAUCGCUUACGGUGCCAGGCGAUGGCGCGUUGUCACCCUGGCCGGUGAACUGAUCGACAAGUCCGGUACCAUGUCUGGAGGUGGCUCUACAGUCAAGAAGGGGCUCAUGUCUUCGAAGCUUGCGUCUGGUACCAGCAGGGAGCAGGUCUCCAGAUUUGAGGCGGACCGCGAUGAGCUGGAACAAGCGUUCCAGGAGUUCCAGGAGCGGCAGCGAGAGCUCGAGGCCAGGAUUCGUUCUCUCAAAGAGCAGAUCCCCGAGCUUGACACCAAGAUGCAAAAGAUCAACCUCGAAGUAGAAAGUUCGGCUAGGAAGUUGGCCGAUGCCCAGCGCAGAAUUAAGGAACUCGCCAAGGAGCACCAGCCGUCCAAGACUGACGAUAGCCGCAUCGUUACUCUCGAGAAGGAGAUCGCCAAGCUCAACAGAGACAUCGAGAGACUGCACGGCGAGACCUCGAGUGUAGAGGAAGAGAUCAAGGCCCUCCAAGACAAGAUUAUGGAGAUCGGUGGUGAGAAGCUCCGCGCUCAAAGAGCGACAGUGGACGCACUCAAGGAAGAAAUCACGUCGCAAAACGAGGAGGUGUCUAGUGCAGAAGUCCGGAAGGCCAAGGCGGAGAAGCAGAUAACCAAGCUCAGGAAGGACCAUACGAAGGCGUCAAAGGAGCUCGAGGCUGCUAUUCGGGACUCUGAGAAACUGGAAGCGGAGAUCCAGAAUCAGGGCGACAAGGCCGAGGACUACAAGACCAGGGUUGAAGAAGCCAAGGAAGCACUGGCGGCCAAAAAGCAAGAGCUUGCCGAGAUGAAGGCCGAGCUGGAUGGCAAAACUGCCGAACUCAACGAGACUCGGGCGAGUGAGAUCGAAAUGCGCAACAAGCUCGAGGAGAGCCAAAAGGUUCUCUCUGACAACCAGCGGAAGCGGUACCACUGGGAGGAAAAGCGCUCAAAGCUCGUACUCCAGAACAUUGCGGACCUUGAAUCCGGCAGCAGCGCUGCAGCCCCUGCGAGACCUCAAACGCCUCCAAACCCUCAAAACGAUGCCGGUGGCGACGACGACGAAGAUGUUGAAAUGGAAGAUGCGUCGGAUCAAUUAGAAGCUGAGGCUGAGGCCGAGGCUGAGGGCGAAGUUGAGACAGUGACCCAGUCGGCGCAUGAACAGCGGCGGCCGGCGCCUCUGGAGCUUCCACAGUACAGCAAAGACGAACUCGCAGACAUGAGCAAGAAGACCCUCCUCGGGGAAAUUGCAGCACUGGAGGAGAAGACGCAAAACGUCAACGUCGAUCUCGGUGUGCUCGCCGAAUACCGCCGCCGCGUCGAAGAACACGCCGCCCGAUCCUCGGACCUUGCCAGUGCCAUUUCACAGCGCGAUGCGGCCAAGAAGCGGUGCGACGACCUCCGCCGGCUGCGCCUCGAGGGCUUUAUGGAGGGCUUUAGCACCAUCUCGCUCCGGCUCAAGGAAAUGUACCAGAUGAUCACGAUGGGUGGCAAUGCCGAACUAGAACUGGUGGAUUCGCUCGACCCGUUCAGCGAGGGCAUCCUGUUCAGCGUGAUGCCCCCCAAGAAGUCGUGGAAGAACAUCGGCAACUUGUCUGGUGGUGAGAAGACGCUUAGCUCGCUGGCGCUGGUGUUUGCGCUGCACCACUACAAGCCGACGCCAUUAUACGUCAUGGACGAGAUCGAUGCCGCCUUGGAUUUCAGGAAUGUAUCCAUCGUGGCCAACUACAUCAAAGAGCGCACCAAGAACGCCCAAUUCAUCGUCAUCUCGCUCCGCAACAACAUGUUCGAGCUGGCCGCCCGCCUAGUGGGCGUCUACAAGGUCAACCACAUGACAAAGAGCGUGACCAUCGAGAACCGCGAUUACGUCCUGGGCCGCAACCAGCCCGGGCACGGCGGGCAGGGGCAGCAGCAGGGACAGCAGGGACAGCAGGCGAGAGGGCAGCAGCACCUGCAGGCGUCGCAACAACAGAUCGCCAUCAUGGUCACCAUGGUCAAGCUCAUUACUUCUCUUCUGGGUGCCGCUGUUGUUACAGCCACCGUUCUCCCCGUCCACGAGCUACAUGAUCUCGCCGUCGUGAACACUUCCACAACCCAGGGCCUCCAGGGUGGUUUCAUCCCGCACUGCUCAAUUCAUACCGUUGGCAAAGUCGGCGAGCUCAAGGGCCGCCUCCUCGGCAUGUGUGGCGAUGACCAGCCCCUCUCCGAGCAGCACAGCACCUGGCUCAACCUCAACCUGUGCCUGGCCAACGUCAAUGGCGUGGUGGUCUGGGGCGAUCACGGCCAAGCCCUCGAGAGCUGCACCUGCACGAGCCGCCACUUCGACACCCAGUUCAUCGAGUGCAACUGCCGGGACGGUCACGACGGCGUGUGGAAGGAUUCGGCGCUGGACCUCAACGAGGGCAUCCGCUACGACAUGGACCGCCACGUUAUCGCGUGCUAUGGCAAUCUGGGCGUCCUGAAUUAG